UUUGUUUUAAUUCCCUUCAAAUAAUUUAAAUUUGUUUAAUUAUAAUUUAAAACAAAAGAAAAUAAAAAAAUAUCACGUUCAAAGUGAAGGUCAACUUCUGAAACUACUACAAUAACAAAACCGAAACUCAAUCAACAUAUUUAAAUUUUACAAAAAACGCCGCUUUUAAAGCAGUGACACAAAAAAGAAAAAGCAACGACACAUCACCAACCAGUUUAAAAGAAAUUUAUAUACAGCCAGUAGUACACAAAUAAACAACACUAAACUGACAAAAAUGACCUCGUCAAGAACGCGUCAAAGCAUGCACUAUUGUUCCGCUGCUGUUACAGAUAAAUUACCCGCUUCAGCUACAAUACCAAAUAGACAUUCCGCUGUCACUUUAAACAUCUGUACGUAUAAAUGCUGCUCUUCUUUAGCAAAUUACACAAAUGCCGUAAGUUUACCACGAAUUUUGCUGAUGACAUUAUUUGCAUUGAUGCUGUUAAUGGCAUUUGUCGUUGGUGAUUUAAUACCAACGCAGAAUAUGUCACGCAAGGAGCGUGAAGCUUUAAGGGAUGAAGCUCGUGAAAUGUUUUAUCAUGCAUAUAAUGCUUAUAUGAAGAACGCAUAUCCUGCAGAUGAGUUAAUGCCGUUAUCAUGUAAAGGUCGCUAUCGUGGUGUAACGCCUUCUCGCGGAGAUAUGGACGAUAUACUUGGAAAUUUUUCCAUGACCCUUGUUGAUACUUUAGAUACUUUGGUGCUAUUUGGUGAUUUUGCUGAAUUCGAAAGGGCGGUAAAAUUAGUCAUAAGUGAUGUACAGUUCGAUAAUGAUAUAAUUGUGUCUGUAUUCGAAACGAAUAUACGUAUGGUCGGAGGUCUGCUGUCCGCACAUAUAUUAGCCGAGUAUAUACAAAAGAAUGCAAAUGUUAUGCCUUGGUAUAGAGGUGAGAUGCUGGAAAUGGCACGUGAUUUGGGUUAUCGCCUAUUGCCUGCAUUUAAUACUUCUACUGGUAUACCGCAUGCACGUGUUAAUCUACGUCUUGGCAUGAAAGAUGAACAUUUAAAAAAGUCACGAGAAACAUGUACAGCUUGUGCGGGUACUAUUCUAUUAGAAUUUGCUGCACUUUCGCGUUUAACAGGUGAUCCAAUUUUUGAAGCACGUGCACAUGCUGCUAUGGAUGCAUUGUGGAAAAUACGACACCGGGGGUCUGAUUUAAUGGGUACUGUGCUUAACGUGCAUUCAGGUGAUUGGGUAAGACGAGAUUCGGGUGUGGGUGCCGGUAUCGAUUCCUAUUAUGAGUACCUAUUUAAGUCUUAUAUGCUUCUGGGCGAUGAUAAAUAUUUAGCUCGUUUUAAUCGUCAUUAUAAUGCUGUAAUGAAGUAUGUCAGUGAAGGUCCAAUGUUACUAGAUGUUUUAAUGCAUCGACCGCAUGCAAAAUCAAGAAAUUUUAUGGAUGCAUUACUUGCAUUUUGGCCAGGCUUACAAGUACUUUCUGGCGAUUUAAAACCAGCUGUACAAACGCACGAAAUGCUUUAUCAAGUUAUGCAAAUGCAUACAUUUAUACCUGAAGCUUUUACUAUUGACUUUCAAAUACAUUGGGGUCAACAUCAUCUACGACCAGAAUUCAUUGAAUCUACUUACUUUUUAUAUCGUGCAACAGGCGAUCAUCACUAUUUGCAGGUUGGGAAAAAGGCUUUAAAAACUUUACAAAAAUACGCAAAAGUCGCUUGUGGUUAUGCGGCAGUUAAUGAUGUACGCACAGGCAAGCAUGAGGAUCGCAUGGACUCUUUUGUAUUAUCGGAAACAUUUAAAUAUUUAUUUUUACUUUUUUCGGAUCCACAAGAUUUAAUCAUAGAUAUUGAUGAAUUUGUUUUUACCACUGAAGCACAUUUACUACCACUUUCUAUAGCGCAACUAGGAAAUUCUACAUUCAGUUUUCGUCAAGCGGAUGAACAUAAUGUGUUAGAUUUCAUGCGGACUUGUCCCAGUUCGAAUAAGCUUUUUCCUGAACAAGUGCGAAAACCAUUGCGUAAUUUCAUUACGGGCUCUUGUCCGCGUACGCCCACAGGAAAACGAUUACGUGCCUUGGAUUUUCAAGCAAAUAAUGCUGAUCAUUUACGAGCUGUUUACGACAUGGGUAUUACAAUGGUUUCUUUAGGUGAUGGAAAAGUGAGAUUGUUUCACAGUUUUUACAAUGCUAAAAGUCCUGAGGAUGGUGAGAUGGGCUUAGUAUUUAUGCAAGAAAUGUUGGAAAUAACUAAGUUGCAAAGUAUUGAUCAAUUAGCACAAUUACAAGCCGUCGCAUAUACAGUUGAUGAUAAUUCCAACGAUUGGACAGCAAUAAUGGCGGGUCCAUCGCACUUCAGUCCAGAAUUAACUGGUGAAAAUUUUGUUGAAGGUGAAAUUAUAAUGGCUACGCCAUUUCGCGCAUGUACCGAGUUAAGUAAUACAAAAUUAAUACAUAAUAAAAUACUUGUGGCAGAACGUGGAGAUUGUACGUUUGUUAGUAAAGCACGACUUGCACAAGCAUCUGGUGCAAAAGCUUUAAUUGUCUGUGAUAAUAUACCUGGGUCUUCCGGUGAAACAUUACCGAUGUUUGCCAUGUCAGGUGAUGGCAUUGAUGAUGUUACUAUUCCAGUUGUUUUUAUGUACUCUCAAGAAUUUAGCAAAUUAUCAACAGUGUUGGAGCGUAAAAAGCAAUUAAAUGUGCGCAUUAUGCAAAUGGUUGAAUUUAAGCGUUGGCAAUUGGCUAGAGAAUCAAGACUCAACGAAACGAUAUCAACGACUAAAGCAACUAUUGUGGCUUCAACAGCGACGCCUCCUCAAAGCGCUGAAAAAGCUGAUUCAACACAAGAAGAUAAGGAGUCUAAGCCCGAUAAAGAAUUGUAGUGACUAAUGUUGUUACGUUUUCGUUUCUCUUUCCUACUGCAAACAUUUAUACUGUUAUCUAUUUAUUUUUUAAUUGCUUGAAAAAAUGAUAAA